AUGGCGCCCGCGUUGGGGAAGCGCCUCGCCGUUGCGGGCAUCAUUGUGUUCUUGACGCUCAUCGUCUAUGUCUGGCAGAGCCAUCUGCUCCCCAAUGUCGAGAAAUUCCUUCCCAAGGUCCAUGCCGAUCACGCCGCCGUGCCCAUUGUUCCGCACAAAGAGAUUCGCUGCCCCCGCGGCUUUGGAGAAGGCCAGUCCAAGUCAUUCGGAAACAAGUCGUCAAAGGCACACGAAAGGGAGCAACAACUCGUCACAGCACCAAGAAUAAUUGCACUUGUCUUCUUCGGUAGACGGGCGACCGUGUCGAUUCUUGACUGCUACCUCAAGCGCAAUUUAGCGACGAAUGGCGGUCUGUUGGACGAAGUAGUCUGGCUGCAGCGAACGAGCAACAAACAAGAUCUUGCCCUCCUGGACAGACUGCUGGAGAGCGAGCCGCAGUACUCGAGACAGAUAAUCGACGAUGCCAAUGCGUACGACUUUGCCAGCUCCUACAACAUCAUCGAAGAUGGCAACAUGUACAUCAAGAUUGACGAUGACAUUGUUUUUAUCGAGGAAAACGCAAUCAGCUCCAUUGUUUGCACGAAGCUUACGCGACCAGACUUCUACGUCGUCUCGGCAAACGUCGUCAAUCAACCCAUGAUUAGUUGGAUUCACUGGAAUCUCGGCGCCGUGCGACCCUACCUCCCCGAAACCGAGGACGAAUAUCCCGCUCCCGAGCCCGGGCACCAAGUCGACUGGAGGGCGUCGGUAUUGCCAUCUUGGCAUGGCCCGAGUGACGUCAACGCCAGCUUUUGGAGCUCGCCCGACAAUAAGAAACACCGCUGGCUGCCGGUCCGUGGCAAGUCCGACCAUGUGCUGGAUAAAACGCCCAUCACGGAGACGCAGUACGAUGCCUUUGGCACCGGGCUUCAGAGGUGGCAAGUGGCGGCGCAAGAGCACUACAGCUUCUUUGAGAAUUUGGAGUCCCGAGAGCUAUGGCAAUACAAGUUCAACGUUUGGGAUUUCCAACGGUUGCGCAUGGGCAUCCAGUUUAUUGCCAUGAUGGGCCGCGACAUCAAUGCCGCCAAGCCCAUCAACAGGGACGACGAAGAGCACUUUUCCGUCACCAUGCCGAGGAGACUGGGUAGAGGUGCAGUUGCGGAUGGGCGCGGUGUAGUCGCCCAUUACAGCUUUGGGCCGCAAUCAAAAGAGGGAGGGUUGGAUACAACCGAUAUAUUGGAUCGCUAUCGUUCCUACGCCAAGGAGAAUGUCUGCACGGGUCCCAUGCUGUGGUCCCCAUAG